AUGGCCCGAACCAAAAGGCAGGCUCGUCUUGCUUUCAGUCCAGUACAUACGUCGUCGCCAUCGAACUCGCACGCAAUUCAGGAACAUGGGCAACGCAAAUAUGCAAAAGUCUCGUAUGAAGGUUCACAACAUGACAAGAAGCGGAGGCGUCUGGACCUUAGCGAUGACGAUGUAAUACAAGAGCUUGGAUUCCCAACGCCGGACAAGUCUUCACAACUCCCCCCGCCGUCAAACCCUCCUAAUGCAUCAUUACUAUCAGAUAUCCAUCUCGAAAGUGAAUCCGUAUCAUCUUCGGCCAGAUUGUCUGGACCUUGGGGAAAGAGACGCGCGAAACAGGGCAGACUGAACUUUUCGAACCAUAUCGGCACCAAGCUAGAAGAAAGUGAGAAGGAGAAUAACGAUGGCAGUCGAAGCGAUUCAUCCAGUGGCAGUGAUAGAAUAAGCCGUGUCUAUUCAAAUACUAACAAGAGAAGAACUUCUGGACAUAAGAGUGGCAUAUUCUCUUCUCAGAAACAGAGAAGUCAGCCUUCUGACAACGAUCAGUCCGAGGAUGAAGCUUUGUCAUCAGCACAUUCCACUUCAGACCAAAGUUCGUCAUUAAAGCGACUUCGAAAGGGUACUCGCGGUUCGCAGACUGAGUCUAGCACAAGACGACCGCACAAAGAACCAUUUGAUCCCAAAGAGUCUAAUGCAAAAUCGUCGGCGACCUCUACCAGGCGUCAAAUUUCGCAGAUCAAUGUGGAUUUUGCAGAGUCUGAGUCUUCUGGAGAUGACGCUCCUGAGCUGUACUCUUCUCCUACAAAUAAGCGCAAGUCUAAAAAGGAGCUGUUCAAGAAUGAUGGUUUCGUUGUUUUCUCAGAUAGUGAUGAGACUUUCGACGCCAUGUCCAAGGCCGAAACAAAGCCUCGGAAAGGUCGAUUAUUACAACGUCGGAGAGAAUCAACCAAGAGUGAGCAGAGCGAUGUCGAGGAGGUUGAGAAACCACGUAGAAGAAGAUUAAAGCGUAAACCACGCACGUUUACUCUUCAGGAGCAAGAAGACUUGGAAGAAGACCUCGAGUUUUUGCAAAGCAGUCCACCAAGUGCGAACGCGUCUUCAGUGGCAAGGAAGGCAAAUCCUAGACUCGUGGCCCUCGAAGCAUUAAAGCGAAAGCGUGCAGGUCUUGAUCCUACAGGUCCAACAACGUCUCGGCCAGAUGAUGCCAAAAGUCAAGGCUAUUUUGUUAGCGACGCGUCCGAUGACGAGUCUGCCAAUGGACAAGACGAGCACGAUGAAAAUGAGUCCAUCACCUCGGCCACAGCUAGCAGACAUGCAUUCGCUCCCGAAGAUGAAGAUGACGACUUCAUAGUCGAAGACGACGAAGAUGAGCCAUUAGGUGCACCUGACGACGAUAUCGAACUUCCCAUCUAUCUCACCGGCAUUACGCGCAUGAAGCCGAAACAGCUCUUCCGGUAUGCUGUUGAGUGGAUGGUCCAGAAGAAGCUCAAUCCUGCCUACAGUCAGGACCGGGAAAUCUACGCAAUAACAUUUAAGAAACUCAAUGACGAGGUCAAAGGUCUCGCGGGUAGUACAUUCACGUCAAGCGCAUGGACGCGCGAUUUUACUAUUAGCCUGCAGGCUCGUCCGGGCAUUGAACUUACUGAGAUGGGUGGGCUUGGAAUGGGGUUAGAAUUGGACAAAUGUCAGGCCUGCAAUCGCAGUGGUCAUCCUGCGACUUUUCAAAUUAAGUUCACAGGUCGUCCAUACAAUCCUGAGACACUUGAGCCACUUGAACAAGACGGAUACUCUGAUUACGAGUCAAAUGAUAAUGAAAGUGAUGGAUCGUCUAUCUCACGUGAAGAAUUUGAUGCAAAGGACAGGCUUGUUCCAUCAGCUUCGCGCACUUACAAUGUGGGCCGCUUUUGUAAAGACAAUGCUCUAACUGCACACGCACUCGAACAUUGGAAGUACCAACUUAACAGUUGGAUCGUGGAUUGGUUAGAGAAUGAAGGGUAUUUGACUGAUAAGAAAAUUGUGAAGAGAGACCGUUGGGAUGAACCUAGACGGAGAAAGUAUGCGAAGAAGGUUGUUGAAACAAUGGAAGCGACUGGUCAAAUUAAAGCUUUGUGGAGGCAGUUUAGGGACGAGGUCGAUGGGGCGAGAGGGAUGAAGUCUGGAUGGACCGGCGCUCAGGACAAUGACUAUUAA